AUGUUCACGUCCCUGGCGAUCUGUAUAUUGCUAGCUGUUGCGGGGCUGGUGAGCAGCCAGCAGGUUGCCUUUGACGUCGCAAGCAUACGUGAUAGUACUCAUCCGGUUUCAGUCGGAACGUUCUCUCGGGCCCAGAGCAACUUCUCGACGCGUUCUUUGGCUUCUGUCACCUCACAUAACGGCUAUCUGGCAUUGGCUCAUCCCCGCUUUCCAUCUCACCAAGUGCGGGUGAAGAAAAGCGAAUUCUGCGACCCCACGGUCAAUGUGUAUACAGGCUACCUGGACGUGGACUAUGGUGCCAAACAUUUGUUCUUCUAUUUCUUUGAGAGCAGACGUGACCCAGACACCGACGACGUCAUGAUGUGGAUCAAUGGGGGUCCCGGUUGCUCAUCUUCCAUGGGUCUCCUCAUGGAGCUCGGUCCGUGCAGUAUUGAUAUGCAAAAUGUCUCAAGCAACGGCACCACCUGGAAUCCCUACUCGUGGAACGCAGAAGCAAAUAUUUUCUUCCUGGAUCAACCGGUCGGCGUUGGCUUCUCGUACGCAGACUACGGCGAGACAAUUGAGACCACCGAAGAUGCGGCCAGGAACAUUCACGCUUUCCUCACCAUAUUCUUUGAGACAUUCUCCCAGUUCAAGGGUCGUGCCUUGCACCUCGCGGGGGAAUCGUAUGGCGGUCGCUACCUACCUGCCUUUGCGAGUUAUGUCUACGACCAGAACACCGUUGCGGUCGCGGAGGGGCGAGAGACGCUGAAUUUGUCUAGCGUGAUCAUUGGUAACGGCAUAGUAGAUAUCAUGAUGGUUUACCUGGGAAGAUACGAGAUCGAAUGCGGCACUGCUGCGUUUGAUAUCCCUUUCCAGUCCAUCAAUGCCUGCGUCCGGAUGAAAACAACGCUGCCACGCUGUCAGCAGGCUAUGCAGCAGAACUGCGUUGACAUAUUUGAUGAAAUUGGAUGUAAAGCAGCGGUAGACUUUUGUCAAGAUCAAGUGAGCGGUGUGUUCGCGAACAACCGCAACGUCUAUGACAUCUCCAAGCCGUGUGUAGGGACCCUCUGUUACCGAGAGACAGAAGUCAUCAAGGACUAUCUCGAUCAACCCUCGGUUCGGGAUCUUUUAGGCGUCGAAACGCCCAAGAAUUUCAGUAGCUGCGACAAUGAUGUCGGGCGUGCAUUCAAUAAGCGCCUCGACAAGUACGCCGUGCCCUCGCAGUUCUACAUCGCCGGCCUGCUCGAGCGUGGCGUACCCGUCCUCAUCUACUCGGGCACGUACGACUGGCAAUGCAAUUGGUACGCGAGCAAACUCUGGCUCGAGAAGCUCGAGUGGUCGGGCAACGCGGUGUACAACACGCACGACUUCCGCGACUGGAUCGUCGACGGGCACAAGGCAGGGGAGGUCAAGUCUGCGGGCCCGCUAACGUUCGCAACGAUCCGCGGCGCGGGACAUAUGAUAAGUGUUUUGCGACUAUACGUCCCGCACGACAAGCCGGCGGAGGCGCAGGCUAUGAUAUCUCGGUGGCUAGCUCGGGCAGACUUCUAG